ACUCGCGACGGAGGGUCGUGUCGUGUCCAUAAUGUAAUUUCUCGAACAACUUCUUACUCCUUUCUGCUAUCCUAGUACUAGUUUAACGAUACGUAUCAUGUAUUCUCUAUAGAAAAAAAUUGGUGCUCAAUUAAUACUUAAAGAUUAAGAAAGAUAUUUUUAUAUCGGCGCUUUGUUAUGGCGAGUUGUUAGUUUAGGUUUAGGGUUGUAGUCAAUUUUCGCGUUAGUGCAUUCAAGAUGAACUUCAUAGGCGCGGUCGGCGGCGACGGCGAUGACAGCGAUGACAAGGAAAAGGAAGAAGAGGCAGAACGCGAGCGGCAGGAAGCCAUCCGCGAGGCCGAGGAGCGGCGCAAAGAGAAGCACCGCAAGAUGGAGGAAGAGCGAGAGAAGAUGCGCCAGGAGAUCAGAGACAAGUAUAAAAUACCCAAGAAGGAGGAGAUUGCGGAGCAGCAGCAGCAGGAGCCCGACAACCCUCUCAUGAGGAAGAAGAAGACCCCCGAGGAGUUGGCAGCAGAGGCCGAGCUGGAAGACCAGGACGAGUUCACCAAAUUGAAAAACACCAUCGAAACGCAAGUGAACGAACUCAAGUCCCAGAUCGAGAGCAAGUGCGUGAUGCAGUGAGCAGCGCGCACCCACCACCCGAAUACAUGAUGUAGCUGUGCUGAGCCACCCACACCCACACCCACCCAUCCUCAACCCAAAGAGAUAUUUCGUUCAGGAAUUGUAAAUAUGAUCGCACACUAACCUGACCGCAUUUUCCGCACGCACGCGAUUCAAAUGAUAGCAUGGGACUCAAAUGUUAGCUCAACCAGCCACAAAUUGCAUAGACGACAUAUACAUUUUAAGAUAAAAUAAUAUCUAUUUUGUUUUCGGUUUAUGAAAUUGUUUGGUAGGGCGUUUAUGCCCGUGAGAAUCCUACGACUUAUAAAAAAGGAGCGAAAACUUAAUUUCCUAGUUAAUAAAUUACAAUAAUAAUGUUAAACAUACACCCUUAAAAACAGGAGAUAUAUCGUCAACAAUCAUGACAAAUAUGACAUGUCUUUUAAUUUUACAUGACGUUAAAAUAGAUACUAUAAACGAAAUAUAUUUAAUCUUUCUCUUGUUAAUGUGAUUUUAAAUUCGAUACAUUGGUAAAGAAAUGUCGAGUUUGAUGUCACAAUUUGCAAUAACGAGUUUUUUUUUAUACGAAAUAAGGGUGCGAAAGAUGAGAGGCUGAAGGAUGAGAUUCAGUCCUGUCAAAGAUUAUGAUUUCUUUGUCAUAAUCUCAAAAACACGAUUAAUUGACGUAGAAAGGUACUGAACUAAAUUUAAAUAAAUUUUAAAUUAUUUCAAGCCCAUAAAUGAAUAUAAAUCGAUGUAUAUAAUAAAAAAAAAUAUAUAAAUAAAAGUUCUUAGGGCGGUGCGUGCUGAUAUGGCGUCAUUUUAAUUUGUCGAAAAAAUGUCUGUGGCGAGUAUUGGUUAGUAUGCGAUCAGCAUAAAGGUUCACAUAGUAUAAUAGGCGCUCAAUCAAAUUUUGUAGACGAGAUACGGAUUCUAAAUUUUUUCGGAAAAUUAGACGGCUAGUGGCAAGUUUGUGGCGUUGGUGCUUUGAUAACGAGCAAUAAUAUUUUUAUACAUUCAUAAAGCGUGGAAGAGCCCUCGACCCUACCGAGAACACUGUCUUACAAACUAUAACGUUAGGUCAAAAAGUCAUCGCGAAGCCGGGCGAUCAAACAGCUGUAGUACUUAAUUGUGACAAAACCUAUACAUACUUACUUCGCUGGCUAUUAGGCGCUUGUUACUUACGCCAAUUCAGCACUUUCGAGGGAUCACUAUUAAUGACUUUCAUCUAUCCAGCUAUACUGAGAAGGUCCAAGAGCGUUUUUCUACUUACAGACAAAGCAUACCUUCUUAAUACGAAUAUUAGCUUCUCCAAAUGUCAAAGCUAGCGAAGUUGGCAAAGUAAACCCUAAUAACCUACCUUCCGUUAACUAUAACGCAGCUAAAGGUAUAUUUAACGAAAAAGCAAUAAUCAUGUGCUUGUCAUUAAAUCUAUGUUACUUAAGAGGAUCAAGGUUCUUUAUAUCAUUGUAAACAGGUCAAAUUACUUUCCAAAAUUUGGGACGUAAAAAUUUUGAUAGCUCUGUAGGAAGAAGUGUCAAAAUUUAUGUCACAUUGGAUAUUCGUUAAGAUUUCAGUGUCAUGAAGAAUCAAAACCCAGUGUGGGCUCAAAAUAGAUGAUUUAAUGUAAUAAUACUAAACGAAGAAAUUUGUCAUACCUGCGUUCUAGUUAACGGAUGUUGGAUUAACCAACUUGUUUUAUAUGUUGAUGCUUGUGAUAUAUUGUUAUUUAAGUGUAAAAUGAGUAAAUUUAAUAAAACAACUAAAACGGUGUAAUUAAUAAAUUGAAGGGAAAAUUAAAUUAAGAUUAGCACGCGUGUAGUGGCUUUAAGGCAUAUAAGGUUUAUAUUAAGACAGAUACUAGCAUUGUUGAAUAUCAGCGUCAAAUAAUUUGCGCCGGUCACUGGUUCGAAGGAGGUUUCACAAAAGCCUGAAACAGUGGUCAAUUUCUAUUGUCUUUUUCUAAACCUGCCUUAAGACAAUGCGUAUACAGACUUACUGGCGGCGCAGGAAAAUUACACAAAUCUUACGUCAUAUUAAAACUACGUCUCAGACAGGACUUAAAUUACCCUUUGUGACAGUAAAAUUAUACGAUACACGUAAAUAUUAGGCGCCAAUAUACACGCGGUUACACGCAGCGCAGUGCUUAUUUGUAAUAAUUAUUAUCUGUUCUGCACUGGACCUUAUUCUUUGUCACAUUUUCAUCAUAUAAUACUCGUGAUUGUGCUUUUGUAACGCCAAUAUUUACAAUAUCAUAUGAAGAGGUGUCACUGACGUGUUAAUACGCAUUUUUUGUCUGACUGAGUACCGCCUGUAAGUCAGCAUACGCCCAGUCUACUCGACUCCUGAUUUCUUCGUCUUCGGAGUUCAAGCGGUUACAUUGAAAUAACAAUGUAUUCAUGUUGUCUUAAAUCUUUAUAUUUGUUUUCAUCCAAAUUCCACUGGGCUUCUGUCUCUUGGCAUGCUCCGCUGUCUUCGUCUCUUCAACUUUUGCCUCGAAAUCUUUUGCAUGCGUGCUUAUGCAGUUUUUCGAUAUCGUGUCAGUGUAUUUUGUUUAGGUGUAUGAGCACUGGUCUGAAACCUUGUAGGACAUUUUUAGGGCAUACUUGAUAAAUGCUGCAAGUUUGUAGUUCACCUCUCGAUAAGGCCCUGAUUCUUUAUAACAUUAUGUCAUAUUUGGCUUCUCUUCAAAUUUGAUGUCAUGAAUUGUUGAGUGUCACGAUUUGACAGUCAUUGUGACAUUUCGUCGUAACCACGAAUACAUUUUGCAUUUUGUGACGUAUAAACGUGUGUUAAACUGCCAAGUGUAACUACAUAUCUUGUAAUUACGUUUGGGUUACUAUAAGAGUGUCAUAUCGAAUACGGGUCCAAGUAAGGGAGAAGGAAGAAGUCGCGUACUCCCUAAAAAUAUCCUAAUAAGUUUUGGGCUAUACCUACCUGUAAUUAACCUAGCCUUAAUAUCCACAUCGAAUAUAAUAGGUACAAUAUUGUAACUAACUGUGAAGACUUAGCAAUUUGGGUCUCACAGUUCAUAUUAAUUAGGCGUUGUAAUUUCGUUUUUGCAUGUCUUUAUAAUAUAAGAUCAAUGUUCGUUUAGAGUAAUGUAAAGAUAGGUAGCGAGUCCUCUUGUUGUUUUACGAUUAACUGUUGAAUCGAGUAAGUAGUUGACGCGAUUCGUAAUCGAUGUUUUAUGCUUAGGAUUAAAGUAAUGUUGUGCGAGCUAAUCUUUCGAGCGAUUAGCGUUAAGUAUUUGUGCUAUAUGUACAUAUAUACGUCGUCUCCUGACAUUUUGCGUAUGAAUGAUUGUGUGAUUGAAUGAUUCUACAACACAUAAACAGAACGCACACACA